CAGACUUCUGGGGCAGACCUUCCGCUCUUCUGAUGAGGCCCCUGAGCCUACUGCCAGCCAAAGGCCCCAGUCUACCAAGCGUCUGGAGUUUGUAUUGAUGCCUGCAAAACGGCAGCUGAGCGAGGAUGAGACCACGACCCAGGGUGUGAGGGCCCCCGAGGCCUGCCUGAGCCUGCCUACAGCCGACAAGCAAACUGCCUGGAAUGGCCCCUUCCCUCUACCUAUCCUAAAGGAGAAGCGCUGGCUUCAACCCUGCUCCACGCAGUCCGACCUUGUGCCCAUCAACAUCUCUGGGCAGCAGUUUGAUAGACAUGCAAGUUUUCGACACUCGUUGUUUAACACAGAGACAGCCGUGAACCCCAAGUCCACCCUGAGGCGGAGGCGAACCAUUAUUGGAUUCUCUAACUUUUCUCAGCGAGAACCAGGGCACAGCACCAGCCCGGUAGGUAGCCUGGCCUCAGACAUCAGGCCUGGCCACUCGGCUCCACAAGUUGUUCAGGGAAGAGUUGCUAUUGGACAGGAAGCUCGGUUUCCAAGUCUCACCUCGCCAGGACUGAGACACUCAUCGAGUGAGCCUGCAGACCCUCACCAGGCACGUGGUGGCCCAGACCCUCCUGGCACGGAGAGCAUGGCAAUGGUGUACAGUGUCCCCAGUUCUUGCAAUGGACCAACAGAGUCAACGUUCUCUGCUUCCUGGAAGGGAGAUGCUUUCACGUACAUGACUCCAAGUGCCAGCAGCCAGGGCAAUCAAGUCAGUGAAAAUGGAAAAAAUCCUUCCUCUGGGAAUUCUUGGGUCUCUCUGAACACACUCCCACCUCUGGUCCCUAAAGAGGCGGCUACCCUCUUUGUCACCCGUGAUAACCCAGCAGGAUGCACUGGGCUACCCAGCUACUCUGAGCACCCCACUCAACGAAGGCAAAUACCAGAAAGACCUCCCAAGAUUGGCCUCCUGGCCCGUGGUACCUCAAGACUGGAAACAGGCCCAGGCGGAACUAACAGAUUCCGGGAGCGGUCACUCUCUGUGCCCACGGACUCAGGUGUCACCUCAGUGGACUAUGGUGAAGAGCAGAAGGCUGGUGAGGCCUGCAUCCUGCCUUAUGCCAGUGCAAACUCUGAAGGCAGUAACAGUACCGACAACAUUGCAGCCCUCAGCACUGAGCAAGAGGCGCGGCACAGGAGGCAAAGAUCCAAAAGUAUUUCACUCAAGAAGGCCAAAAAGAAGCCCUCUCCACCUAUGAGAAGCGUCUCACUAGUCAAAGAUGAGCCAGUCCUCCCACCAGAAGGUGAAUUGGCACUGCCCAAGGACCAGAGACCCAGGAGCCUUUGCCUCUCCUUGGAACACCAAGGGCACCAUUCAUCUCACCCAGAUCCUCAAGGUCAUCCAUCUGGGCCAACUCUCAAAGAUCCAGAAGGUUCACAGUUCUCUCACCACUGGUAUCUUACUGACUGGAAGUCUGGUGACACCUACCAAUCCUUGUCCAGCUCCAGCACAGCCACUGGCACCACAGUCAUUGAGUGCACUCAAGUUCAGGGAAGCUCGGAGUCUCUGGCCUCCCCUUCCACCUCCAGAGCAACAACACCCUCCCAGCUCUCUAUUGAGGUGGAAGCCAGGGAAGUAGCCUCUCCUGGAAGGCCCACUGGACUGAUGUCCCCUUCCAGUGGCUACUCGAGCCAGUCAGAGACACCCACACCCACUGUCUCCAUGUCCUUGACCCUGGGCCACUUACCGCCUCCAAGCACCAGUGUCCGAGUACGUCCGGUGGUACCAGAAAGGAAGUCAUCACUGCCCCCGAUGUCACCAAUGGAAAAAAUCUGCAAGUCACGGUUAUCAUUUGACCUACCAUUGACCUCUUCAACCACCCUGGAUCUGUCGGGGAUGAGUAUCUCCAUCCGCAGCAAGACCAAGGUGAGCCGCCAUCACUCUGAUACCAAUUUUGGAGCCAAACUGGCACAGAAAACUAGUCCAAACCAGCCAAUCAUGCCCAUGGUUACUCAGUCUGACCUCCGUUCUGUUCGCCUGAGGUCAGUCAGCAAGUCUGAGCCAGAAGAUGACAUUGAGAGCCCAGAUUACACCGAGGAACAUGGAGCAGAAGAAGUCUUCACCUUGCCAGAGAGAAAAGUGAAACCUCCCAUAGCUGAGAAACCGCCACUGGCCCGAAGGCCUCCAAGCUUGGGUCACAGGCCACCCUCGCUCCCUGGGGAGUAUCCGAUAACUUCUCCUACUAUGACUAUGACACCCAAGAGCUCCGUUCCACACGUGAAGCAGCUCCCCCAAGACAGCUACACAGUGUUGCGGAAACCAAAGUCACCUAGCUUCCCCAGUGGCAGGAGCCCUGGGGAGUCUACAGCGCCCUCCACCCUUGUCUUCACACCUCUUGCCAGUUCCUCUGGUGCUUUCUUCUCAGGAACACAGCAACCUCCCCAGGCCAGUGUAGAAGAUGGGGGCCCCAAGGUGAGAGCCCUGCCAGAAAGAAUCAGCCUCCAGAGCCAGGAAGAAGCUGAGAAAAAGAUGAGCAAGAUUCCACCUCCUGUACCAAAAAAGCCCAGUGUGCUCUACCUGCCUCUCACCCCCCCUGUAGCUCAAAUGGAUGCCUGUAUGGCCGAGCCAAGGCUGCCUUUCAGCCCCAUCAUCACCUUGGAGGAAGAUACCAAGUGUCCCUCCACUGAGGAGGACCCGAAGUCACCUGGUAAAAGGAUGACUUCUGCUCUUCCUGUUGACGGUGAAAAGGAGGCCAUCUCUCCAGGGAGGACUGUGGAACCAAGUGCCGAAGAGAAAAGUUUAAUCAGUGAUAAGACAGCCGAAUGGAUCUCGGAGGAGGACGAUGACGUGUUUGUGGCUUCGCGCACGACUGAAGAUUUAUUUACUGUGAUACACAGGUCCAAAAGAAAGCUCCUGGGCUGGAAAGAGCCUGGGGAGGGCUUCCCGGGCAGCAGACCCAGCUCCCACUCACCAGUGAAGAACACAGCUGAUUCUCCCACCACUGAGUCUGCUGCUGCCACAGGGCCAAGUGGCAGUGCCUGCCUAGACGCUGGCAGAAAUGAUGAUUUCAAGGCCCUACUCCAGAAGAAGGGAAGUAAGGCAACUCCCAGGACCCGCCCCUCAGCAGCCGAGCUGCUCAAGACCACGAACCCUCUGGCUCGAAGAAUCAUUGCACAGUUCUCAAAAGACUAUGAACCCACUGACAGCCCCAGUACCUAAGCCCUGCUUCUUAUUCACUAGGUCUGAGGAGAGCAGGGGGAAGAUAGAGGGCUUCAGAAAGGAACCAACCGCAGGAAUGACAAAACAUUCUGUCUUUGACAUUAACUCACACUCUGGACAGCAGAGAGGCCAACACAACACACCUGCGCUCCCCAGGCACUCUGAUAGACCAGACCAUCUGCACUUCCAUGCUUACCAUGGCUGAACAUCAGUGUUCUUCUUAGAUUCUCCCAGCACUGUGCCUCAAGAAGAGAUCCUCAGAUUUGAGAGCCCGUAUGCCACCUUUUUCAAUGUCCUGGCUGUUUUGUCCAUUGGCUCCUGUCGCUGAGAGGCACGGUGGGAGAACAGAUCGGGGACCUUCCAAACCAGGGCUGGGGACAGAGGCACCAAUCUCACUGCUGAUUAUCUCCUCUCCUGGGGUGGCUUUGCCGGCCCUAUGUGAAGACCCAGACAGACACCGAGGCCUCAUCAACCCCAGACAGACACCGAGGCCUCCUCAACCCCAGACAGACACCGAGGCCUCCUCAAGCCCAGAGAGAGCUCUGCAGGAGGCGUGCACUAAUUUCAGCAUGGGGUUGAUUGGGUGGCUUCUGUGGGGCAAACAUGAGUGUGACUAUCGAAAACUCCAUGCCUUUUUCAGUUUGAUUGUCUAUGCGGAGAUCAGGGUGAUGAGUUUCAAUAAACUUCUAGGAUUUCCUCCCUCCCCCAUUAGCUAGAAAAAAUGGGACUGGGUGGCUUUGGCUGAACCAAGCUCUGCAAACGAACGGGACAUUUGUUCACUCGCAUCUAGCCAAGGUAACUCGCAUGCGCGCCUUGAGGUCUUUCGAGUGUCUGUCAACGUGGGUAGCCAGGAUCUGUGCCAAAUUCAUGCUGUAGACUCCAAGAACUCUCAUUUCACUCGCAUGUAACAUUCAUUACAGGAAGUAAUUAGGCGAAGGACUGGCAUCAUCAGAGGCUCCAGGAGUAGAAAGGAAGUGUACCUUGCCCCACACCGUUCGAUUCAGAGUGCGCUUUUUGUGGUUCUUUGGGUUUUGUGUCAAGGAAAUCUGACUCUGUUUCAACGAUCAAGAACGUGUAAACUGAAAAAGAUCUACGUGAAAUCAAAAAGACAGCCCAUAAUUCAAGAAGGCUACGUUUUGCCAUUUAGGUACUGCUGUUUGGCCAACUUUCAGCUUGCCACAGCACGAGGGGGCGGAGGGAGCAGCUAGGAUAAAGAAGAUACUGAAAGAGUUCCAAAACAAUCACAAUUACCCCUUCCCUUCCAAAGCCAACAGGCACUGGCUGUUCUUGUCAACUUGACUUUGUAAGUAGAGCAAGAGCACCUGACCUCCAUACACCUGCUUUCUGAGGGGCUGGGGACAGGCUGAGCAAAGCACCGAACAGAGAACCUGCUGGCCAGUGUUGGGAAGUUCUUUGUCUUCUGCCCCCAAAGGGCCCAAAGGAACUGAACUUGUAGUGUGCUUUGCAAAAACAAAAAAACAAAAAUGGGCCCUGACUCAUUGCCCGCACUCCCUGCCCUAAAAGAUUCCUCGCUCAGUCUCCCGGAGGAAGCAGUAAGAAGUCCAGGGACAAGCAUAUCUCCAUUUUGAUACGUCACACUCCUCACCAAUGAGAAGCAAACUGUUAGCUCUACUGCCCACACUCCAGCAAGGCAAAGUGGCUGCAAAACUACCCCCAGUACUGGGAGGACUCGGGUCUCUGGCGUAGAAGUCCUAGGCUGAGGGCCUUGCUGCGGUGGUUCUAGUUCCAAUUGGUCUAAUUCUAGACAAAUGGAAAGAGCUCAAGCUCGCCAGCUCUCUUCCAGCUAGCUCUUCCCUCUCGGGUCUAGAAAGAAGCCACUUAAAUAAUCAACAGUUAGGGGAACUCUGAAAGCGCUUAAACCACUUAACAUGAAGAUCUUCUUUGCCAAGUUUCAUGAAUCAGGCGGGAAUGCGGGAAAUACACUUUGAAGCACCACACCUGGGAGAUGGAGACAGGCAAACUUCUGUGAGUUUGAGGCCAGCCUCAUCUACAUAGGUAGUUCCAGGAUGCCAAGGCUACAUAUUGAGACCCUGACUUCAGUCUUGGCCUUGGUUUAUACAUAAGUACCACACCUGACUUAACUCAGAAUUCCAAAAGACAGAGGCGUUUUACUCUGUAGGGAAAUGAAGGAGUGCCCUUGCUUCUGCCUAUCAGGAGAAAACGUUCCCUGGGUCUGCUCCACAGAACCAUUAUGAAUCAAUCGUUGAAUUCUAAAGUUUGAGCAUAUGAAACUGUAUAGGGCUUGCUACUUUUGCUGAUUUUUUUUUUUUGAAGUGUCUUGUUUGUUCCUUCUCAUGGGUUUGGCCUCUCCCUUCACCUUGCUACCUCUGGAGGUCCCCCCCCCCAAAAGAUUCUAAACUGAAUGCUUAGACUGUUUGAGGUUGUUUCAGUGACCCGAACCCCUGCUCUCCUCCAUACGACUCUGUAUGCCUGGGAUGUUUAAAACAUUUCCUCAUCACUAUGACCCCCAGGAGCCCAACUAGCACAAGAGAUUUGGGGCAGAGGCUUUACAGUCAGAGGAAACACUUUGGACUGGGAGUAGUCGUUCUGUCCUUCCAGGCUUGGCAGGGAGUAGACCUAGUCCUACACAAACAAGCAGAUUGUUAAAUAAUAAUAGUAACUAAAACAGUCAUUGAUUAGCACAGCACCAAGCAUCUUUCUGAAUACUUCACCUCUCUCCUGUCCCUAUUAUCAUAAACAUCAUCUCUCUCCCCUGAGGACAAUGUGUGCUGCCCAGGAGGCUGGAUUGGGAGGGGGACCCCUUUCAGGAAAGUCUCAGGGAAGUUGCUGCCCCUGCUGCGACACACAGCACACGUAAAGAAAGAGAGGAAAUGAAAGGGGGUUCAGGUGGUCAGCCUCUGCUUCGGGCUCUUCCUAUCCCCUUGUUUUCCUCCAACUCCAGCCCUCAGUGGCAGGUGGCCCUGUUAGAAGAGCUUUGGUCCAGUCAAGGGUGGGGGGAGACCCCCCAGAGGCAGUUAAUGUGUACCUAUGUGCUUUGCAUUUGGUGGCUAUGUAUUUGUGGUUCAAAUGUGAGUGGCAGAGAGCAUGUUGGUCUUAAUACAAAGGCUGGCUUUGCUUGUGGAUCCUCCCCGUUGCCUGUACUAUUGGCCUGCCUGGGCUUCUCUCUCCCUCCUGGCUCCAGCUUGUCUUUCAGUCCUAACACCCAGGAACUGCACCGAUGAGACCAGCAGCUCAACCACAAAGGAGUCAAGGCCACAGGCAGCCAGUUCAUUCACAGUAGCCUCACGACCACAAGGUUGAUCUGGAAAAAAUGACCUUGAAUGUACAAAGACGGGCAAAUCUCCAAGGUUCCCCCAACAAGCAUUCUGCCUGGCAUCUACGUCAUCAAGACAACAGAGAUCCAGUUGUCGUCUCUGUGUACCUGUCACUCUGAGCAGAUCUCCCCAGGCACCCGUCCCCCUCCUCACCUCCAAACCAGUCAGGAAAAAGACUCGGUACCACUCAGUGCUCUGUUGCUCACUACUUCCGCCCUCUGUGUUUGCCAAGUCUGUGGCACAAUGGUGAGCUUUUCCUUUGCUAUGAUUUGCCAGGGCCAGGAUUAGGGUGAGGCGAUUGGGGAGACGCCCACUCUCAAGGCCCCCGCCAGUGCCUUACCCUUGCCACGGCCCUGUGAUUUGCGCUCUGUAAAGUAGUAUGAGUUGCUCUUUCUUCCUCUGAGUGUGGUUCUGAUUUGGGGGCAGGUUUUGCGCCAAAUGUUUUCUUGCUGUUUCUCCAUUGGUUGCCAGCAGCCUUUGUAUGCGUUAAAGAAUCUUCAGUAUUAUCAGAAACAUUUCAGCUGGCAAGUUAGCGCCCCGUUCAGGAGGAGCACAAGGGCCAGAGAACUUCAACAGGAAGUUGAGGUCUGCCCAUGUGGCCUUCUGUCUGCUCUUUCUGCUCCCUUCUCCCUUGUAGUCCUUGUGGCCCAGCACCGAUUCUCCUCAGUGCCUCCUACUUCGUUCUCCUCCUAAGAAAAACAUGCUCUCAGGAAAGGGAUGAAUUCAUUGACUCUGAGACUGGGAGGCUUCAUGCUACCUUUUCCGAGGGUUGCUUGCAUUUUAACAGGGGAACAGCCUUAAGCCAAAGGAAUGAAGUCCUUGCAGAAUGUUAGGCGUCACCUAGUUGUACAAGUUCUUUUUCACCGUGGAAAGACCAGACUCCCUGACAGCUGACUCCAGAAGAACCUCUGGUCUUCUCCUGGAAUCAUUGGAGUUAGUAGCCGCUGGUCAAUUAUCUAGAUAACCCUGUGCUAUUUUACUACCAAGGGAUUCUGAGAAAAAGCUACUUACAAGCCUCUGAGAAGGCCUAGAUCAAGCAUUCAUAUUGUACAUUAACAUGUUUGUGUAAACAGUAUUAAUACUACUUACCACUUAGGUAAAAGACACAAAGAUUUAAGAAGUUUGUGAAGUGUGUCCUGUUUGUGCAAGGUGACUCUGCCGAGUCCACUUCUUACUGCUAUCAGUCGUCCAGUAUCAGUGGUGGUUAUUAAACUGGGUGGAGGCCUAGUUACUAAGCACAGGCCUCCACUACCCCUCCUGCCGUUCGUCUCUGUGGUGUGCUAUGGCUCCAGCUUGGUGUGAGAAUGAGACCUUUUCUAAAGCAGAGCCCCAGUCCCUAAUGCCUUUGCAUGUAUUCAGCUCUAAGUGACCAAGAUAGGAAGGAUUUAAGAGGACAAGCGAGUAGGAAAGAGGUACAAAACAGUGCCUUUGUCAUAAGUCAGCUGACAGUGUGAUGACUUUCACGUGACUUGAAACAAGCAAGUCAACUAUUUUAAAAUACUUUGAAAUCAGUUUGUAGAGGACUAUGGUUGCGAGUGGUUUUUGAACACAUGUUGGAGGCACUUUAAUAAUUUUAGCAAAAAAGAAAUUUGCCUAAUGAAGACUGUGUGAAAUAAAUAUAUACCUUUGUUUGGUAAAGGCCCAAAUCUAGGCCACUGGUUCUCAAAGGAUGGUCUUGGAAUCACCAAGAGCAACGUAUGAGAGAGAAGAAGGGGGAGAGACAGAGAGAGAGACAGAGAGAAACAGAGAGAGAGGGGUGUCACACCUUUAAGUCCUCUGAAUCGCUAGAGCCACGCCUCUCUGCAACAGGUUACCCUUCUGACCGUUAGUUACAGUUAGCAGUCCAGUCUCUGGCAAAGAAGCGUGUCUAGCAUCUUCUUGCUCCGCUACACAUUUGUCUGGCGCUAAGAAAGUGCCAGAUUGAAUCAGGCCCAUCUGGCCUGGUUUGGGAUUUUAAAAUAGUAGCAACAACAACAAAACCUCUGGUGGUGGUGGUGGUGGUGGUGAUGGUUGCAUUUGGUAGGACCAGUCCUUAAAUGAACGUCCUCACUGCCGUGACUGUUCUCUAGGAGGGCUCUUGCAGAAAUGGAUUUGCUUCUGAGGCUCUGCCCGAAGGCUAAAGUGUGGCAUUUGAUAGUAGUGACCUCCCCCCUACAGGGAAACAAACACCUGAACCAGAACAACCAGUUAACCCCUCUCAGCCUCUUUGUAAUGCUAAGCUUUAUAGAAAUUUAUUCCGUAUGUGGUCUUGAGAUUUUCUAUGUCCAGUUUUAUAAAAUGUUCUGCAUGCAAAUACAGCAUUGUGGUCACGUCAAAGUCAUUCCUCCUCCAUGUGUGUGCUGGUGAAGAAAUAUCAACAUGUAUGUUCUGAUGUUUCCUGAUCAACUGUAAAUUACAUUUUCAUUAAUUUUUAAAUGAGAUAUAUUUACUCUGGCUAGCAGUUAAAAUUUUAUUCUUUUUAUUAUCUUUCAUUGCUACUUUUUUCUACUGACUCCAAGGCUUACUUUGGGGGGGGAUUUCUUAUUUCUAGAUUGUUGUAUCUCUCUUAUUUCUAUAUUUAUCUAUAAUCACAGAGUGUAAGAGCUGAAAGGGACCAAUCUCCCUCGUUUCAUAGAGGAAAUUAAGGCCCAGAUGGGUCAAACGGCUUGCCGCAGGUCACACAAUGAGUCUGAGGCAGGGCCCAGCCUCAAUUCUAGGUUGCCUGCCUCUGGGAUGAAUGUUUUGUCAUUUAAAUCAUUAUAUUUAUGAAGGACCCAUGACUGGCUUCUACUUGUCUGGCUCAUUAAUUUCCCAGGUAUUUCAGUGAAAAAAAUCUAUAUGCUUUAAAAGGAACGCUUGUUCUUCAGUUAAUGAAUCCAAAGAAAAUCUGGUUUUUAGUUUAGAAAAUCAUUUCCCUCCAUAUUUGCUAUCUGUGCCCUACUUUGUACAGUGGAUGUUUCCCCUAAAAUCUGUGUGUGGGGGGAUUGAUUUAUAUAGAGUAAAUUUCAUUUUUUAGUAGGAAAGCUUCCCUGUGUAAGGGAAUCUUCUAGGGGCUUUUUUGGAGAAACAAAACUAAAGACUCCUCUUGUCGUUUGUUCCUUAAGGUCUUUAAUUACUUAUUAGUGUGAUUUUUUUGUACUUGCUUUUAUUUAAAGUAGGGCAAACCAGUGUUAGCUUUCCUAGAAUCUACUAGAACCUUACCUUCCUAAUCUUUUUGAGAAAUCUUCAGACUGUUAUAUGCUUAUGAGCUAUUCAAUUGUAUUCUAGAAACUUCACCUGACCUGACAUUUCGCCAAUCCCUGGGCUCAAAUUCCAUCUCUAUCUGAUCAGAUAAGAACAGAGUUCCCUAAUCAGUACUUAUGUCUACAUAUGGUCUCUUUUCCAGAACAUUCUGUGCUCUUACUUUAGCCAUCUCAGGCCUCUUUCCUAAAUCACACAUACCUCACUGUCCUGUGCACUUUUGAGCACUACACCUUGAGGGCCGGGCUAGUCAUUCUGAGCAAUAUCUCCAGUUACUUCCAUGUGCCCAUUUCUCUUGGAUCUCUUCCGGUUUCCCUUCCCAGACUCAAAGGCUUCUCUCACCAGAGACUGCUGGGAUUUUCCCAUCGUUUCAGGAAAUCAAUGAACUUCCCCUUCAAAGGGCCUGAGAGGAAUUGUUUUUGUCUUUGUGGGUCAUCUAUGGUUUUUGUGGCAGAUUCUUGUGGCUGAUUGUUCAUUCACUCGUUUUACACCCUUUGGAACAUCUGAAAACCAUUCUCAGCUCACAGGCCAUGCGAGGCUGACCCCUGAUUCACACUACCAUUUUUUGACCGUCCCCAUUGUGAAAAGUGGACGAGGGCUGGCAUGAUGGAUUAGCACGUAAAGGUGUCUGCCACCAAGCAGACAAUGGGAUCUAAGUUUGAGUGGAACCCACGUAGUCAAAGGAGAGAACCCCUGCAAAUUAUCCUCCGACCUCUGUAAGCAUGAUAUACACAGGCUCACACACACACACACACACACAAAUAGAUAAAUGUAAUACUAGAAGAAGGGUUUUGUUUUGUUUUGUUUUGUUUUUGUUUUUCGAGACAGGGCUUCCUCUGUAGCUUUGAAGCCUGUACUGGAACUAGCUCUUAUAGACCAGGCUGGCCUUGAACUCACAGAGAUCUGCCUGACUCUGCCUCCUGAGUGCUAGAAGCCACCACCGCCAGGCUUCUAAGAAUGUUUUUUAGGUUGAGUCUUGUACCAGAGGCUGUCGCUCACUGCCUCACAUACGCUGUACCAUGAAACCAGUCUGCUCACAUCAGGACACGAACAGGUGGGGGGGGGCUGCAUGUUACAGUCUUUCUCUAUGUCCCCCUGUCACUAAUUAUAUUGAUAGAGCACACCUUAUUUCCUCCUAUGGAUCUAGCCCAUUCAUUGCGCCUCUAUUUGCCCAAGGUUGGGGUAAGGUGGUAGGAACGUUUCCUUAGGUUUUUUGUCCUGUCCUUGCUCUCCCUGUCUUGGGCCACCUGGUCAUAUCCCACACUGCUGUCACCAGUUUAGGGUGCUGUCAUUCAAAAGUCUGAGAGCAUACACCCUAAGAGUCCAGUUCAGUUUACAAUUUCCUGGAAAAACCACUAACUUCCUGGUUCCACAGGCUGGUUUUAAAACCCGGAAUACACACAUAUCUCUGUCCUAAUACGGUUGAGACCUAGCACUAAACAGCAUGGAACCCCAGCAAGGAACCAAUGGGGUACAGGAAUUAUCUGUGCCACAGUGUCUCCAGCCUCCUGAAUCCCCAUCGGCUAAUGUGCUUCAUUGCAUCCCUCCAACCGAUGGGCAUCCAACACAUCACAUCCUGUUUCCUUCACUUCUCCGGCUACCCUGCUCUCAUCCCGCUCUCUCACGCUUUCAGGAACUGGAGUUCAGAUUCACAGUUCUCACACUUACCGUGUGUGAAUUGGGGUGCACUGCGAAAGCGUGCACCUGUGUGCGUGUUUUCUGCACCUGGCUGUGAAUCACAACUGAGCACAUGCACCAUAUAUACAGCGCUCUCACUGGUUCUCUGGUCCAGGACCAGAUCUAAUGAGACUGGUCAAGGAAGGAAAUAGCGGGAGAUCCUGAGGCAUCUCUCUUCCUGUCCUCUGAGAGCUUCUUUGCAUUGGCUUGGGCUGGCUCCUCUCGCAUGGAGCCCUUUAAAGGACUCCUCUAUGUCAUUCCUGGGCACGCAGCAUCCACAGAGCCAGGAAAUUAUUGCAUGUGAACUCAGUUACUGGGACAGAAGCGUCAUCUUUUCCAGCUCAACAGAUGCACGUCUCUGGCCCUUUAGCUUGACUUCUGUCAUUUGAGCCCAGGGAUCCACUCAUUUCCUGAAACCUAAAUUUUCAAACAUCAGACUCGAGUAAUUUUCAGGGUUUCCUUUCUCAGAGUUCCCGUGAAGUGGUUCAUUUCUGCCUUUUCUUUAGGGUUUGCAGAGUUAGGAAGGGAAGGAAAGGAGGGCUGUGCCUUGGACCCAGAAGCAGAGCAAGGACAAGGAACGACCUGUAGCGCAGCAGCCCCCGCAGAGUUGGGUCAGGUUAGUGCUGCAGUCCGUGCUCCCGGGUCCGCUGUGCCCUGAAGACAAUUCCAGGUGGGAAUGUGCAGAGUGAUGGGCUACACUGAAAGGCAGGGCUAAUGCCCACCCCCAGGGAUGGGACUACGUCUUGGAUUCCAACUCCAGGAGAAGCAGUAACUAGGAGAGAUGGCAAACCUUGUCUUUGGAGAAUUGCAUCGCAAACUAGAAGGGAGUCCUCUGUGGGGUGAUAUUACAAAGGUGGUUUCUUGUGUUUCUUUUCCUUGGUUGUUUUGUUUUGUUUCUUUCAAGAUUCCUUACUGGCUUGCUGCCAGCAAUUGAACUGUGUUCUUUCUAGAGCUAGAGCUGUUUGUGUCUUCUUCGAAUAAACUUUUUCUGUUA